AUGGGCUGUGUUCUUGGAAAAAGAGAUGACAAGGGAAAAGAAGCUCGACGGAGUUCUCGCCGCAGGGAAGAAAAUGGGCAGGCUUCAGAACCCGACCUCACGAGGGUUCAGAACGAUUGUGAAAGAGAGAAGAAGAUCGGAGAGAUUCCGGUGGGAGAUGAGGGAUUUCUUAGACAUACGGCUUCUACGCCGGAGUUUCGACUCCGAACUGGCGGAACCACCACCCGGGAAGGAUGGCCUUCGUGGCUAGUCGACGUCGCUGGCGACGCCAUCAAGAACUGGAGCCCACGUCGUGCCAACACUUUUGAGAAACUCGAUAAGAUCGGGCAAGGAACAUAUAGCAAUGUGUAUAAAGCUCGCGACUUGAUAACAGGGAAGGUUGUUGCGUUGAAGAAAGUAAGGUUCGAUAACUUAGAGCCAGAAACCGUUGCAUUUGUUGCAAGAGAAAUACUCAUUUUGAGUAGGCUGAAUCAUCCCAAUGUAAUUAAGCUCGAAGGGCUGGUUAUUUCGAGAAUGUCUAGCAGUCUUUACCUUGUUUUGGAGUAUAUGGAGCAUGACCUUGCUGGCCUCACUGCCGUCCAAGGUGUCAAGUUCACAGAACCCCAGGUCAAAUCUUUUAUGAAACAAUUGCUGUCUGGGCUUGAGCAUUGCCACGACAAUGGUGUUCUACAUCGUGAUAUCAAAUGCUCUAAUUUGUUAAUUGACGAUGAUGGAACCUUAAAAAUAGCCGAUUUUGGGUUAGCUUCUUUUUAUGAUCCUGAACGCAAGAAACCCAUGACCAGUCGUGUUAUCACUCUCUGGUACCGUCCUCCAGAACUUUUAUUAGGGGCCACUUAUUAUGGGGCUGGUGUUGAUUUAUGGAGUGCGGGCUGCAUUUUGGCAGAGUUGUUUGCUGGGAAACCAAUAAUGCGGGGACGGACAGAGGUUGAGCAACUUCACAAGAUCUUUAAAUUAUGUGGUUCUCCAUCAGAGGAAUAUUGGAAGAAAUCCAGAUUGCCAAAUGCAACUCUUUAUAAACCUCAGCAACCUUACAAGUGUUGCAUAGCAGAGACAUUUAAGGAUUUUCCACCAUCAGCUCUCGCUCUGGUAGAAACUCUUCUUGCGAUCGACCCUGACGCUCGAGGCUCUGCCACUGCAGCAUUAAAUAGUGAAUUCUUUAUCACCGAACCAUAUGCCUGUGAGCCAUCAAGCUUACCAAAGUAUCCUCCAAGCAAGGAAAUGGAUAUAAAAUUGAGAGUUGAAGAAGCCAGAAGGAAACGAAGUUUAGGUGGGAAAGCUCGUGUAGUAGAUGGUACCAGAAGAGUGAGAGUUCAUGAAAGGGUCAGCCGAGCAAUUCCAGCGCCAGAAGCCAACGCCGAGCUACAACUUAACUUAGAUCGGUUGCGAGUCGAGUCACAAGCUAAUGCCAAGGCAAAGAGUGAGAAAUUUCCACCACCCCAUCAGGAUGGAUCAGUUGGAUACCCUAUGGAGGAUAUAUCAUCACAAAAUGUCCCUGUAUCUUUUGGUGCUUCUGAUGCUUCUUUGAAUUCCUCAGUUUUUGAUCCAAAUUCGUCCCGAUUUCUGAGAAAUAAUUCAGUAACGAGGGCAGCUACUCAGAGGAAAAACAAGAAAGAAGAGACUCAUAUGGGUCCUUCUCGGAAAUUCACCAAUGCAUUCUAUCCUUCCUUAAUCGGUUGGUCCAAGGAUUGGAAGUUCAACCGGAGACGAUCAGUUUCAGAAAAUUUUAACGAAAGAAGGUAG